CGUCCAUGGUCCACAGGGCCGAUGGGAUCGAGGAUUUUUACGACACAUCGAAACGGAAGUCAGCUCAUCAUGUUAUACAUGCGGAGCUCGGCCCCGACGUUGGCUGCCUUUGGCUUUCUGUGUAAGGGGAGACGGGCUGUGGUUGCAGUAAGUCAUCCACACUGCAAUAACUGCAGUAGUGUUCAGCAGCAAAAGGUUAGCCGUUUAAUACACCAGUUUACUGCCACGAUGACCGACCCCGACAUUGCUUCCAGAUCCAGAGGAGUCUGCAUGUCGUCCAGCGCCAUGUCUCAGAGGAUGGUGUGGGUGGACCUGGAGAUGACAGGUCUUGACAUUGAGAAGGACCACAUCAUUGAAAUGGCGUGCAUCAUCACAGACUCUGACCUGAACAUUUUGGCUGAGGGACCCAACUUGAUAAUUAACCAGCCAGAUGAACUACUGGAAGGUAUGUCAGAAUGGUGUAAAGAGCAUCAUGGAAAGUCGGGACUGACCCAGGCAGUACGGGAUAGUAAAAUCACCCUAGAACAAGCGGAGUAUGAGUUCCUGUCCUUCAUCAGACAGCACACUCCACCUGGACAGUGUCCUCUUGCUGGUAACUCCGUGCAUGCAGACAAGAGGUUCCUGGACAAGUACAUGCCACAGUUCAUGUACCACCUUCACUACAGAAUCAUUGAUGUCAGCACCAUCAAGGAGCUCAGCAGACGGUGGUUUCCAGAGGAAUUCAAGAUGGUGCCGCACAAGAAAGCAACUCACAGAGCCUUGGAUGACAUCCAGGAGAGCAUUAUAGAGCUGCAGUACUACAGAGCCAGCAUCUUUAAAGGGUCAGCAGAAGAGAAGAAGCGAAAAAUUGUUGAAAAUGGAGGCCGCACCAGAUGUUAGGACACAAGUGAGACUUUUGAGUCUUCACUGUUGCAUUUUUUUGAAGAAAACAUUCUCUUCAAUUAUUUUAGUUUUGGUUCAUAGUUAACAGCCUAACAAUCCAGUGUUUGAAUAUGAUUAAUGUAGAGGCUCCAUCAAAGGGAACAAGAUUCUAGCAACAGUUAAAGGAAAGAUACUUUCCCAAGUUUCAAGGAGGAACAUUUGGAGGUGACCUGUGGUAUUUAUGUUUUGUUUUUAUUUAGAUGGAGAUAUUGAUUUUCAUUUUUUCUUGUUCAAAUGAAACAAAAUAAAUUCAGUGAUCUCUGACAAAACAAUUUCGUCCAUGUCAUUAUUUUUGUGUAGUGCAUUGAUAUCUGAAAAAUUCUUAAAUUACACAAAUAUUUUGCUAAAUUUAUUUAUUUUUGAUUGUGGUGUUUAUGGACACUAUUGGCCCGUAGUCCAAUAAAACAUUGGAAAAGCUCAUUUUUCUUUUCUUCUCAAAUACAUAUUAAUGCAGAAGAACAACACUAAUGCUUUUCACAGAAACAACAGAUGCAUUAUCUUCCAUUUUUACAAUUGCAUUAACUUCUGUGUUGUACUUCAGCCUCUUGGUCAGUGACCAAUUGUCUCUCAGCAGCGGUUGAUAACUUGCAUUUUUUUAUUCCUGAUUGUUGCUGACAACUGUACCGUGCACCUGUACACUAAAAAAUAUGUUUUGUUGAAUUUGCUCAAUUUUAUUAUGUCAAGUGGUUGCAUGAAAUAAACUGAUUUAAAUUCAAAUAAAAAAAUUAAACUAAUAUUUUUUCAGUAAAAUUAAAUAGAUUUGGUUAAGUAUUUUUUCAACCACUAUGAGCAAAUUCAAGUCAUAUUUCAUUAGUAAUUUCAAUUAAGCCCAUUUUAAAUGCACUUGAGUAAAUAAUGCUUGCUUUCAAUGAGCUCAUUCAUCCAUCCAUCCAGUCUCUAUUGUUCGCCAGUCUAGCCUUCUUUAACCCUUACCUCAGGUUAAAUCUGGUCCAGCUCUCCGUUUAAAGGGUUAGAUUCUAUCUGCCUAUUAGUAUUCCACCUAACAGGUUUCAGCAGAAUAAUUAAGCUGGAGUCGAGAGACACUCGCCCAGGUUCUGACUGCCUUGCAUCCGAACGUCUCACCCCUCUUAUCUGAUAAAUGCUAUCCCACUAAGCAGCCUUUUGAAGUAGUAGAAUCGAUUUAUCAAUCACGUUCGUUAUCGGUCAGCUUCUCUCUAAGGACUUGCAUGCACUUGGUGCUAUUCCUGGGUUCAUUUUAGAGGUUUGGAAGGGACUAACCUCAGGGGUAAUGUUUAAACACUCUCACUUUGGACUAAGUAACCUUUAAGAACCAUUGGAUUGAAUGCACACAAUCAACUUAACUUUUUACCACUAUGCAGAAUCAGUGGUUUAUAAUAAUUUCAUUAGGCUUCUCUUUAAAUGCAGUAAAGCGUUUUAUUAAGCAAAUUUAGCAAGGGCACAGCAUCAAUUCAUGAUUAAACAAUUAAUUAUUUCUGAUUAAAAAUUAUACUAAAGUAACUAAAUUGAGCGUACCUGACAAUCUUCUCUAAUUAUUAAAUUUAGGAGAGAGAGCGAACAGCGUGGCCACUACCGUAUCACUCGGUCUUGACUUGUGUCUGGGAGGAGUCCUCAGUUGUCCAGAGGACUCAGUACGAUGUCUUCUUGGCGGACAAAAGGAUCUUAUCCCUCGGCAGGGGGAGUGGAGGAGUCCUGUAAGCCAAUCGUGGUCUGGCAGUUAUCUCUGGAAUCGGCCGGAACGUUAGUGCUUACGCCCCAGCUGUCUUCUCUGUAGUAUGGUGGUGAUGGAAAACCCUCGUCUGUUCAGGCUGUGGUGGGUCACUGGAUCUCCCAGCCCCGGGGAGGGGAACAGCCCAGUGCUGUUGCCUCCUUUGCCUCUUCGGGGGUAGUCGGUUCUUCCCUCUAUUGGUCUCUUCUGGAUAACUGCAGAACCUCUUAGGACUCUCCGUUUGGCAGAGUGUGGUCUUCACUUGUUGAACAAAGUCAGAAAAAGACUUUGCUUCCAACGAUGUCCUCAGCGAUCUCUGGAGCCUAAGUCCCGCGUUGUCUUCCCGUCUCUAGGGCAAUAGAGGAAGGUGAAGAUUCUUCAGAACUCCGACCAAGUUCCCUUUGCAGCUCUUCUGGCAGCUCCGGCGAACAUCUCCCGUUCUGUGCUUGUGGCUCUGCCUUUUUAUCUCUCUCUCCUUACACACAAAACUGGCUAGGUACGCCGUCUAACUUAGGCAAUCAACUUGUUGUCACAUACAGCAGUAAUACACAAGUCAUGUUGUUACAGCAAAUACACAGUGUCCACAUUCUGUUUAACACGCACACAUUUCAACAGAUCCUUCUGGGUUUUCCCUAACUUCCCCUUUUUCUGAGGAGGUUGCUGUGUCGUCACUGUGGCUGCCGAGUCAUGGUGAUUGUUGUUCUCUGCACUUCUGCUUUUGUAAGGCUUACACACACAGAGCCUGUCAGGCCUGCACACACACAUACAGAACCUAAACAAGGAUUACUUUACACAGAAUCACUUCUUAAAUCAUUCUUCUUGAUCUUAAACAUAAUAAAUCAUCUGUAUCAUCACUUUAAUCAAAUCAAAUCAACAUUCUAGAAAAUAUACUGUUCAGCAAGCAUAAUUAUGUGGUUAACUUAUAAUGUUUCUUUAUUUGUCUGCUUCAAAACCUUUGUUACCUUAGGGCCAUAAUGAGCCUGAGUCCUUUCUGAGACCUCAACAUCUGCAUCUUACUUGACACUAUACACCGCUUUAUCCUCACUAGGGUCGCAGGGGGUGCUGGAGCCUAGCCCAGCUGACUCGGGCAAAGGCAGGGGACGCCCUGGACAGGUCGCCAGUCUGUCGCAGGGCUACAUAUACAGACAAACAAUCACACUCAUAUUCACACCUACGGACAAUUUAGAGUCAUCAAUUAACCUCAGCAUAUUUUGGACUGUGGGAGGAAGCCGGAGUGCCUGGAGAAAACCCACGCAUGCACAGGGAGAACAUGCAAAUUCCAUGCAGAAAGAUCCCGGGCUCAGGCUGGGACUCGAACCAGGGAUCUUCUUGCUGCAAGGCGAAAGUGCUAACCACUAUUGCUCUGUGCAGCCCUGAGUUAAUUCAAAUCAAUUAAAUUGCUUAAUUACUGAAAAAAUAAAACUUCACAUUCUGUUAAAAUAAGUUCUGGCACAUAUUUAAGUGCAAUCUUUAAACUAAUAAUAUGAAAAUAAAGUGCUCCUGAUCUGAGACCAGAUUUGUUUGGUCCCAGAAGUCACAGUAAUGUAACUAUGGUUAUCCUAGAAUGGCUCACAGGAAGGAAAACAAAAAGCACAGCUCUUCUGGCUCUGAUACAAUACACUGCAAAGACUUCCACUAAAUAAAAAGCUGAACAAAAUUAAAUACUAUGCAUGCAAACAAAUACCGUGACUAGGGGAAUAUUGGAGUGUUGGCCUGGAGCAGGAGAACAAACAACAGGACUGGCGAUCCUUUGUUGCUGCCCCGUCAGGUAGAACGGGAAGGCUACAAGUAAAUUUAGCAUGUUGCACUUAAGUCUGUACAAAUACUCUCUUUUGGGUAGGCCAGGUUCAGUGCAUAGAUUACUCCAAGCAUCACUGUGCAAGCUUGGACUGCAGAUCCAAUGUUGUCCAGGAUUAUCAGCCCCUCAACAAAAAUUCCAAUGUCAUCAUAUUGUCCACUCUCUCCACCCUCCUUUUGAUCACAUAAAUGCCCAUAGUGGCCACUUGCAUGUCUCUCUGGAUGCCAUUUCCCUCAGUGUCCAGUAUAUUGAAACGGUGAAUAAGAAAAAGAAAAACACUUGAAUGUCCUAAAAAUCAUAUUCAGUGACUUUGGUUUGGAACGUGUGUCGUUCAGAUCACAUGUUUUGUCUUUUUUUUUUCUUUGGAGUGUGUGUAGUUCCAAACAUAGGUAUGCACAACACAAGAAACAGCAGUGUAGCUGGACACUUGUGGAGGUGUGUGUUGCGGACAUGGUGAGCAGAGAAGACAGAGAGGAUGUGCAUGUGGUAUUGUGUCGGUCUGCUGUGUGGGAGCACCUUGAAUUUAGGGUGACUCAGUUAAUACACUCUUGAUCCCAUACCCCAAACCUGAGAAGCUAGUUCUGGUUUUAUUUUUAUGUAUGCAUGCCUUUAGAAGUGUAUGAAUAAAAUGCAGUGUUUCAAAUAGGAUCAACAGUUUCCUUGUUCAAAUUUUAUAGAAAAAGUCACUGAAUCUUUUCAGAACUGCACAUUAACAAAGUAGUCAAUGUUCACUUACAGAGAUAAGACACCAUAAGAAACAUUCUCACUUCUCAACUUUUAUAUAUUGCACUGCCACAGCAGUGUAUCAUUUUACACACAAGAACCUUCUGUCAGACAUGACAGAGACCAGUGGCUUGUCAUUGUAAAGGACAUGUAUUCUAGAAGUUUAAACGUAGUUACAAACAGCACUGACAAAAAAAGUGAUUACAAUGACUUAUGCACUCGUAGAUGUGAUGUCUCUCAUUAUCAGACAAAGAGACAAAGUGCCUUGAGGACUGCUGCCCUUUUCAGAUGAACAUCACUUGUAGCCUGUGUAAAGAGAUUCCAUUGAGUGACAUUGACAAUAUUUUUAAAUCCUUAAAUAGCAACAAUAAAUGAAUUAACAACCCUCUGGUAAAGUAAAACAGUAUACAAUGACUCCUAAUAGGGAUGGAAAGGUUUAUGAAAAAUAUCCAAAUCAUUCGGUUCACCUGACUUUGGUUUGGAACAUGUGUCGUUCAGAUCACAUGUUUUGUCUUUUUUUUUUUCUUUGGAGCGUGUGUAGUUCCAAACAUAAGUAUGCACAACACAAGAAACAGCAGUGUAGCUGGACACUUGUGGAGGUGUGUGUUGCGGACAUGGCGAGCAGAGAAGACAGAGAGGAUGUGCAUGUGGUAUUGUGUCGGUCUGCUGUGUGGGAGCACCUUGAAUUUAGGGUGACCUAUGAUCAUGGUACCAUAAAUGCAUCUGCCGCAUAUUUUAAGUCAUGGUCCUGAAUAAAGUUUCUGAGAGCAAUUAUCACUGUUCAUAGCUGCUAAAGGUGGACAAUGGCAUCUGUAACUGGGUCUACAACUUUUUUUUAACUUUUUAUUUUGCCAUUUUCCAAACAGUUACAUUAACACAAACUAAACAUAAAAACAAAAACUAUAACAUACUGGGGGAGAUUUUCCAUGUUCAUAGACAUUUUCUCUUUCUUCUUCUUCUUUUUAACAUAGUACGUCGUUACUGGGAUUUUGCCAUGAAUGCAGUCCAUUUCUGCCACUUUAAUUCCAAGUCAAAAAAUUCAAUUUUUCCAUGGUGUAUAUUUCUUCAACAAUGUCCAGCCAUUGGUGAGGUUUAGGAGGGUCACUUUUCAGCCAGUUUCUUGUCAAGGCCUUUUUGAUAGCAAUGGUUAGGAUUUUAAAGAAGUAAAAGUAUCUUUCUUUUCAAGUGUUUCUCCAGAUAUACAAUUCAUGGGUCUCGGGGUAGUUUUAUGUUAAAGAUUUCCUCCAUUAUUUGUAUGACGUUGUUUGUUAGAGUUGAAUUUGUAAAUACAUUUAUCAUAAUCGAGCCUUAGAGCAUUAACUGUGUGUGCAUAGUAUUUUACAUGACUAUUUUUAUAGAAUACCACUCACUCAUUUCUAUCUGCACAUAUCUCUCCCUCUCUCUCUCUCCCUAGUCUCCAUAUCCCAGUAUAUUUCCACUCUUUCAGCUUAGCACACCCCCUUGUGUAACUUGACCUAUUUCUUAUCUUAUGCCAUGUCUUCAUUUCUGCUCAUGUAUAAAAUAAACCUUGUAUGGGAGCAGUCUUUGUAGCUCACACUAAUGUGUCUUGUUACACUGUGCUGUGUUACCCUUGCAAGUAAAAUUACAGUCUCCGUGUUUUUCUGAUUUGGUGAAUAUCUUCUUAUGUUAUGUGGGAGCUCUCAGCGGAGCUUCUCUCUGACAUAUAACUUGGUCCUUCGAGCCGGAUCCGAGGAUUCCUUCCCGACGUCGAGGAGAGCCGACAUCGAAGUCUGUCGACAGCGAUCGUCGCCAAGCAGCGAGAUCUGAAAAUCCUGGGACGUGAAUUCGUGGCCAGGUCGGUGAAAAGAAAAGCGGUCCCUCGGCGCUUGGUGUGAAUCCAAGGAUCCGUUCCAGGAAGUGACACCGAUCAGAACCACGGACAGAAGCUCCAGCCUGGAGACUGGGUCCUGAUUAGAGUCCUGAGGAGAAAGAAUUGGAAGUCGCCUCGGUGGGAAGGGCCGUAUCAAAUACUGCUGACGACGCCCACGGCAGUAAAAAUUGCUGAACGGCCUUCGUGAAUCCACCAAUCGCACUGUAAGCUGAUACAACUGGAAGCAGAGCCAGAUCAACCGACGGGGUAGCGGUGGAAGUCCGAUACAAAGGGGUCAGUAGCACAAUAGGGUGCUGACGUCUCAACCCGGUGAAGAACCCAACUGAUCCGCGCCCAACUCUGGAAUGGCUCUCUGGCGACUUCUGCUAGUCUGGCUCCUCUUCGUCUCUCUCUCCUCUACAGGAACUCACAGGACUAAAAGAACCCAUGAACACUCCAUGGCAGCGACUUGGGAACAGAACCUCUGGUAUAAAGCUAUGAAUUUUACAGCAUGACAGAAUAAAGUCACUAACGCACUAAUUAACAUAACUGAUCAGCUAGUAAACGAUCCUGAACUUGAGGCUAUCAAGCAAAUGACACUCCAGAACAGAAUAGCUUUAGACCUUCUUUUAGCAGCACAAGGAGGAGUUUGUGAAGUUGUUAAUGACCAUUGUUGUACAUACAUCCCUGACCACAAAGGCAAUUACACCCUAAUCAGACAGAAAUUGGAUGAGAUUAAAAUAGACAUUUUAAGCAACCAAGACAAAGGUAUUCUUUCAGGCUGGGAUUUUACCUCUUGGUUUACAUCUGGUGGUAUUUUUCAGACUAUUAAGAGAUUUGUAAUUAUAAAUGUAUGCAUUUUGUAUUUUUGCUAUCUGCAUUUUACCAUGUUUGAGAUCCAUGAUUUCUAAAAUGAUAACCACUUCUGUUGUUGCUUAUGCUGCACUCAAAAUGGAAGAACCACGAUAUGACUAAUGAUGAGAAUGAUGAUGUUGAAGUGUAGUUUAAUGACGUGACAGCAGAAAAUGUUUUACAAGAUGUUGUUAACUGAUCUUUACACUUUUUGAUCAUGAUAAACAGGAGGGAAUGUUAGAGUUGAAUUUGUAAAUACAUUUAUCAUAAUCGAGCCUUAGAGCAUUAACUGUGUGUUGUCGGUCAGUAUAGCCUUCUUUAACCCUUGCCUCAGGUUAAAUCAGGACCAGCUCUCCGUUUAAAGGGUUAGAUUCUAUCUGCCUAUUAGUAUUCCACCUAACAGGUUUCAGCAGAAUAAUUAAGCUGGUGUCGAGGAAUACUCGCCUAGGUCCUAACUGUCUUCUUCCAAACGUCUUACCCCUCUUACUCCAAUAAAUACUCUCUUACUAAGCAGCCCACCUAAGUAGUAGAAUUGAUUUAUUGACCACGUUUGUUAACGACAGCUUUCCUCUUAAAACUGUGGCACUUGUUGAUAUUCCUGGGUUCGUUUUAGAGGUUUGGAUAACUAACCUCAGGGGUAAUGUUUAAAUAACUAGUUGGAUUAAAGUAACCUUUAAGAACCAUUAGAUUUAAUGCACACAAUCAUCUUAACUUUUUACCACUAUGCAGAAUAGGUGAAUCAUAAUCAUUUCAUUAGACUUCUCUUUAAAUGCAAUAUAGUGUUUUAUUAAGCAAUUAUUAGCAGGGGCACAGCAUUAAUUCAUGAUUAAACAAUUUAAUUAUUUCCGAUUAUUUCUAACUUAACUAAAUUAAACUAAGCUGAGCGUACCUAAGAAUCUUCUCUAAUUAGUAAAUUUAGGAGAGAGAGCGGACAGCGUGGCCAAGCUGCCACGCCCCGUCUUGACCUGCAUCUAGUUGAACUCCUCCGUGGACCAGCAGACUCGGUACGAAGUCUUCUUUGUGGGCAGAGGGUGUUCUUCAUAGGCAGGGGGAGUGGAGAGGUCCCGAAAGCCAAUCGUUGGUCUGGCAGUUAUCUUUAGUAGCAGCUGGAACACAAGUGCGGGCGUCUCAGCUGUCUUCUCAGUCGGAUGGUGGUGGUGGAAAGCCCCCGUCUCAUCAGGCUGUGGUGGGUCACUGGGUCCUCCAGCCCCUGGAGUGGAGCAGCCCUCUGCUGCUGCCUCCUGUGCCUCUCUGGAUGCCAUGGGUGCUUGCCUCUCUUCAUCUGUUUGGACAACUGCAGACCUCUCAGGACUCUCCUUUCAGCAGAGUGUGGUCCUCGCUUGUUGAACAAAGUCAGAAAAAGACUUGGCCUCCAACGAUGUUCUCAGCGAACUCUGGAGCCUAAGUCCCGCGUUGCCUUCACGUCUCUUGGGCAAAAAGGUCCGGUGAAGAUUCUUCAGAACUCUGGCGAUGCUCCCCGGCAGCUCCGGCGAGCAGCAUCUCUUGCAGCUCCGGCGAGCAGCAUCUCUCCCCUCCGGGGGAGAACUCCGAAUUCAGUGUCUGUGUCUCUGGGUUUUAUACCCUAGCUCGACUUCAGCUUAGCACAUACACAUUUUCACACACAAUUCUAACUAGUAGGUAUGCCCAAUUAAGUAAUUCAUAGGUUUAAGACACAACCUUCUUCCUAUUACACAUCAUGUUUUUCCAGCAAGUACACAGCAUCCAUCUUCCGUUGUUAACACACACACACAUUGCUUGAGACAUGUUGCCAAGACCAUAUUUGGCCACAGAACUUCCUCAAUGUCCUCCUUUCUGCAGUGUCAUGGUGACUUCUGCUUUUUGCCCUGCACACAGCUCAGAACAGCACAGAUUACUUCAAGUCAAAACUCACUUAGUUACACUGAAUCACUUCUUUAAAUCAUUUUUCUUAGCAUGAUCAAAUAACUUAUUUUAAAUCAUUCUCUUCUAUAGCAAUCAUCAUUUCCAGAAUAUAUAUCAGCCUAUUAAAAUCAUUCUUGCAUCAAGCAUAAGCAUAAUCAUGUGGUUAACUUAUAUAGUUUCUCAUUUUAACUUUUCAUUGGUUUGCUUAAAGCUUUUAUUUAGGUGGUGGUUGCUCCUGGGAUCUCAAAUAACUAGGCCCCACUUGACAGUGUGCAUAGUAUUUUACAUGACUAUUUUUAUAGAAUACCACUCACUCACUUCUAUCUGCACAUAUCUCUCCCUCUCUCUCUCUCCCUAGUCUCCAUAUAUUUCCACUCUUUCAGCUUAGCACACCCCCUUGUGUAACUCGACCUAUUUCUUAUCUUAUGCCAUGUCUUCAUUUCUGCUCAUGUAUAAAUGAAACCUUGUAUGGGAGCAGUCUUUGUAGCUCGCACUAAUGUGUCUUGUUACACUGUGCUGUGUUACCCUUGCAAGUAAAAUUACAGUCUCCGUGUUUUUCUGAUUUGGUGAAUAUCUAUAUGUUAUGUGGGAGCUCUCAGCGGAGCUUCUCUCUGACAUUGUUCCAGAAUGGUUGUAUCUUAAUACAUAACCAAAAUAUGUGGGAGUGAUUGGUGUCAGCAUGUCCACACAUUCUCCAACAACUCUGUUGUAAUUUUAAUUGUUUAGUAGGACCAAAUUAGUAAUUUACUGUCUCCUUCUAUUUUGUUGUUUUUUAAAAAAAAAAAUCUCAAACCAUAUUUUUAAAGUGUUUCUCAAUAUAAUACUAUCUUUCUUAUGAGCUUUAUAGUCUUUCCACCCUAAUUUUGCAGGAGAUGACACUUUAUCUAGAUUGAAUUUGAUAGAGUUCCACCUUGCUUGAUAGUCAGGAGAACACCAGUAAACAAUGUAUCGCAGUUGAGCCACAUAGUAAUAUUGUUUUAAGUCAGGCAGGGCGAGGCCUCGUCGUUCUUUAUCUAACUGGAGUGUUAUGAGCUUUAUCCUUGGUUUUGCACCUGCCCAAAUAAAUCUAGAUAUUGAUUUAUUCCAUGAAGAGAACUGGGAUUCUGGGAUUGUUAUAGGGAGUGAGAGGAAGACAUAUACGUAAUAACCUGGGCAGAACGUUCAUUUUUAUCGCCUCUAUCCUAGAGCUGAAGUCCAAGAUUAAUGUUGCCCAGCAUGUUAAGUCUUUCUGAAUUUUAUCACUCAAAUUACGAUAGAAUCGUAUAAAUUAGUUAAGUGCUGUGUAAUUAUUACUCCUAGAUAUUUUAUUGAUUUUGAGUCCCACUUCAGUUUACAGCUACUCUUAAUUUUACUGUUUGGUGUAUAAUUUAAGCAGAGAGCCUGUGUUUUUUUUAAUGUUCGCUUUAUAUCCGGACAUCCUACCAAAGUUUUCUAAAGUGUUCAAGAGUUUGGGGAUUGUUAUAUUUGGGUGUUUUAAUAGGUGAUAAUAUAAUCAGCAAAGAGACUUAUUUUAUGAUAUUCUGUUGCUACGUUAAUACAUUCCAGUUCCGUAUUUUGUCCAAUAUCCUGAGCUAAUGGUUCAAUAAACAAGGUGAAGAGGGAGGGGCUGAGGCAACAUCCCUGUCUUGUACCUCUGUUGAGGUUAAAGGAGCCCGUAAGAGAGCCAUUGAUCCUAAGUCUGGCUGUAGGGUUACUUUAAAGAGCUUUAAUACAACUGAUUAAUUGUUUGUUGAAGCCAAAUCUUUCCAGUACCUUAUAGAGAAAGGGCCAGCUAACUAUAUCAAAUGCCUUUUCAGUGUCGAGACUUAUUAAGGCUGCACUGAGUUCCUUUAGUUGAUCUGUCAGCCUUAUGUCUUUAGCUGUUUGUUUUUGUUUCUGUUUCUCCAACUUUUUCAAUUCUUCCUGUAAUUUUUCAUAUUUUAACCUCUUCAUUUUUUUCAUGUAAGCGGUCUGUGAAAUCAAAUUCCCUCUCAUAAUUGCUUUAACAGUAUCCCAUACUCUUGUUGGUGCUACUUCACUGCAAUAGUUAUUUUCAAUACAUUCCCUAAUUUCUGCUUUUAUUUCGUUCACUGUUGUUAUAUUGUUCAGAAUCCCAAUAUUCAUUCUCCACAGUGUAUUUUUCCAUUUGUCAUUUAGGUGUAUAGUUAAGUCUGAGACAUCUGAAGUUCCUAUUGAGCAUUCUUUCACCCUAUGCCUCUCUAAUAUGCUCAUCAAAAAGAAGUCUAUUCUUGGCUGAAUCUGAUGUGUGGCCUAAAAAUGAGUAAAAUCUUUCUCAAAAGGGUGCAGAUUCCUCCAGACAUCAAACAUACCAGAUUCUUUGAUUAAGAUAUUGAGCUCAUUAGACAUGUGCACUUUAUGUUGUUUUUUUACUUGUGUCAUAGGAAUAAUUCAGGACUGUAUUCCAGUUGCCAGCACAGACUAAUAUACCUUCACUGAAAGUCACAAUUUUGUCAAAGAGCUGAAUAUAGAAUUUCUUAUCACUUUCCGGAAGGGCAUAGGAUCAGCAGGCAAAUGUGACUAACACAUUAUUAAGUUUUCCUUUAACUAGAAUGUAUCUACCAUCCUUGUCCCCUUCUUCCUUAAUUAAGUCAAAAUUUAAAGAAUUAGGCACCAUAAUGGCCACUCCUCUUUUUCUACUUUUUUUACAGGAACUGUAGAAUGAGUGCAAGUAUCCAAACCUUCUCAUCUUAUUAUGUUCUUCAUUGGACAGAUGGGUUUCCUGAAGCAUCAAAACCUGUGAUUUAUCUUUUUUAACUUGGCCAACACUCUGCUUCUUUUAAUUGGAUUUCUCAAGCCAUUUACGUUUAAUGAUACAACCUUUAAGUUAUCUCACCUUGACAUAUGCUUCACAAGAAACAUUCAUCUCCCCCAGAAAAGAACACAAAACAAUAACAAGAACUAUGUUGAAAACAAGAACAUAAGAGAACUCUGACCUCCAAAAAAGGAGGAGAUCUAUCUCCUCCUGAGUGACCCAGUUGGAGGGUCGAGGGUUAAGCCUCUUGUUUGGAGAGGGCCCUAUGUAGGCUUGGGUUGUUAAUUAUAGCAAGAGAACUAUCCCCAUCCUAUAAGUCCAACUUAAAUACAAUUGCAAAUGAGACCAUUCUCCACAAUGAUAAUCAAAGAAAAAAGGGGUCCAAAAGAUUGCUUAAUAACCAGGGUCAAACUAUGAAAAUAACUUGAGUGUCUGUUGAUGUAUGUUAGAGAAAAAACAAACUCAGGCACUGCCCUCUGUAUUGACCCUAUGGAACUCACGCAGCUUCCUCCUGGCUCUCUGCCCGGUGUUGUCAUUCUCCUGACUGUCGGGACUCCGCUCCCAUCCCAGAAGCCGCAAGAGCCGAGACUCCAGAGCCGACCGUCGCUCCUUCCCCUGCGGUGCAUCCACUUUGUAGCCCCGGCUGGUUAACUCCUGCCACGCCGCGUCGGCGCUGCUGUACGUCUGCACCCCGGAAUCCCGGUGGAUCCUCAUGUUGGUGUAGGGCGUCUGGAAGCGGAUUCCUUUCUCCCUUAACACUUUCUUGAUUCCGUUGUAUUCUUUGCGCUUUUUGACAAUCUCUGCCGCGUAGUCCUGGUCAAAGUAGAUCGGGCAGUCUUUCAGCAAUAUUUUGCCCCUUUUCCAUGCCUCCCAUAGUACCAGCUCCCUGGUUGUGAACUCCUGAAAGUUAAUAAUGAUGGGCCUUGGUGGGUCUUCAGGUCGGGGCCUCUGUGCUAGGGAGCGAUGUGCCUGCUGGAUCUUCAGGUCAAUGCUCUGAGGCAGCGGUAGGUCACGUUUAAGGAGAGUCGUAAUGAAUUGGGAAACCGAGCUUCCCUCUUCUCCCUCUGCCACCCCAAAUAUACAAAUAUUAUUUCUCCUUGACCUAGACUCCAGGGGCCUCAUUUAUAAAACAUUGCGUAGGAUCCAUACUAAAGUUUGCGUACGCCGAUAAUACGAAAAGGGCGUAUGCCCCUCGCCCCUGAUUUAUAAAACUUUGCGUAAGCACAGCUGCAUGCAAUUUCUUGAUAAAUCACACACCAGCUGGAAGAUUGCACAGGUGGAUCCACCUCACAUUCCGCCCACAACACACCCACAUUUUACCAUGAAUGGUCAAUGCAAAGUAACUCAUGAAUGUAUCUGUAUAUAAAUAAGCUGCUGAUCCACGGCAUUUCACGCAGCGCCGGCCGGCAGUCUUCACUGCUGUGUGUCAGGAUGAAUGAAUCAUGUGUUGACCCAGGCCACCCUGCCACUAAAUUUGUUAUGAUCAUGUCCGAUGUACAAAUAAUUUGCACACUGAUUGAAUGUGCAUUUUUUCGGUUCACAUAGAGAAAUUCAUUUUCACUCGGGAGUUGUGGUGUGAAGCGUGCCUGUACAGGGCUGAUUAAUGGUUGGACGCUCAUCCCAUUCGGCCGCUUAUGGAUAAAUAAACAAAAUUCUUUACUUUUUUUGCCUUUUUACUGUGAUAGUUGCAGUGAAGAGUGACAGGAAAUGGGGAGAAGAGUAGGGGGAAGACAUGCAUAAAAGUGCCACAGGCAGGAAUCGAACCCGAGCCACUGCGUCGGAGACCACCCCUGCAAAUGGAUGAGCCAUACAGGCGCCGGGUGAUCAGUAAACAGAAUUAUUUAAUAAAGAUCACCGCACCGGCCCCAGAUACCGGCCCUUCGGUCAAACGACCGAAUGAAAUAACGUUCAAUCCGCUCCUGUUAAUAUAUGAACAUAGUUCUGCAAAUACAGUCGUCAGCCGAAUGGCGCACUAUAGGAACAUCUACAACAAUGAGGGUUUAUGAUUAUCAGGCUCUACAAGUCUAAUAUGUGAUAACAAUAAAGGUUUGAGAUCAAUCUGGUUUCAAUUUGCCACUUCAUCCUCCGGCACUGCCGUUCCCUCGGUCUCCAAAAUGUGCUUAAGCAAGCAUCAAAGUUGGCGCACCGGUGCGCACAUUCUCACGCCAAGUUUUUUUUAGAAAUCACAACGAACACAGCGUACGCCACUUUCUACGCAAAGUUUGUGAUUUACGCCCUGUUUUGUGCGUAAAGAAGCAUCAAGAAUCAAGGUUGGUGCACCGGUGCGCACAUUCUCACGCCAAGUUUGUUUUUAUAAAUCACAACCUUUGCGUAGAAAUGGCGUACGCCACUUUCUAGCCCUGUUUUGUGCGUACGCAAGCUUUAUAAAUGAGGCCCCUGGUCCGUCACUUUCGCUUGGAGAAUUUCUUGUUGCUUGAUAGAGGCAGACAGGACCGCGUUUACCUCCGCCGCCCAGUCCUCCAGGCGCCUCACCCGCUUCACUGACACAGCCAGAGAUACUUAACAAUUCCCCUGCAAAGUUGUGAAGUUUUCCGUUGAGUUCUUGAGCCAUUGAAUUAAUUUCCUGUCGCAGGGAGUAAAAUCUGAUUUUAGUUCCUUAAUGGCUGUCAUUAUGUCGUUGGAGUUCAGCUUGGUCGCGGCUCCCGGGGCGUCCUCCACGGCCGCCUUAAUGCACGGGCUUACCUGGGCUGAAGCCCAGGGGCCUACCAAGUUCAGGGGCCUAUCAAUGAGCUGGAAAAGUCACACUGUUUUUGUUGCUUGUCAAGUUCUCUGUCAAUCAUUUUAUACUUCACAUUCGUGGCUGGCAAGACCCGCCCCACUCUCAUUGAUUACUGUUGUUGUUACGUCCACCUAACUUUCCCCCCUUGAGUGACAGCUGAAAAAUGACGGGAAAAAAGAAAUUUGAGAGCGGCGCUCACAAAAGAAAGGUGUUUCGGGACAAAGAAACCCAGAAAAAGCAAUUACUUAAGAGCAUCCCAAAGCUAACAGGAUUCUUUAAACUGUCCGAAACGGAUGGUGGUGGCUGUUCAGCGGCAUUGAGUUUACCGAAGGCAGCCGACGAGGCGGGGCUCGCGCAGGUAGAAGUAAGAGAGGAAAAGAGAAGAGGAGCGGUGGAUGAGGGAGGAGGAGACGAGGAGAAGGAUCAGGGAGGAGGAGACGAGUCCGGCAGUGGCCCUUACAGCAGCGACCCGGGCCUCUGGGGAAACAAAAUUGACCGGCAGGCGCGUGCUUACUGGGCGAAAAUGGGACCAGAGACGUGUCAAAAUAAAAAUGCCGACCUCCGUGCAUCAGAGCGCACAUACAAACACUAGAGAAGAUUUUUCUCAAAAACAUAUUUCCACCGCAAACUGAGUAACGGGGAAUAUGUAAGUAGAGAGUGGCUUUAUUAUUAACCAUCAGUAUAGCGUGUUUUGUUUUGGUUUCAAGAUUUUUGGCGAGAGCAACGAAAAGUCUGCAUUUGUUAGUGGGGGUUUCUCUGACUGGAAACAUGCAGGUGAUCGUAUAUCAGAACAUGAAACCUCUGACAUCCACAGAAAAGCCAUGAUUGCUUACAUCAAUCAAGCAGCUGAGGGUGGAACAGUGGACUCAGAACUUAGAAAACAGUUUGAUGAGGAGUGUGAUUAUUGGGCACAGGUUCUACAGAGGGUUGUUAUUGUUGUGAAGUAUUUAGCUGAGAGGGGACUAGCUUUCCGGGGAGACAGCCACAAGUUUGGAGACAUCAAGAAUGGAAAUUAUUUGGGCAGCAUGGAGCUGAUCAGCCAGUUUGAUCCCUUUUUAAAAGCUCACAUUGAAAAACAUGAAAACGCUGGCAAAGGAAAUCCAUCCCAUCUCUCUCUGAAUGUGUGUGAGGAAUUCAUACAGCUGAUGGGACAGAAGGGGCUGGAUGAAAUUACCAGCAGAGUAAAACUAGCAAAGUAUUUUGCUAUCAGUGUGGACUCCACACCUGACAUCACACAUGUGAUGUCAGGUGAUCUCCACAUGAGAUUUUCAAUCUUUCACCCAUAUUGGUUUUAAGUAAAGCAUGCACUGAUGUUAUACAAGUGCAUUUUGUGUUCAUGUAAGUUGAUCAAUAAAAGUAUGCUGGUGUUUUCUGGCUAAAGAAGGAAACCUCACAGUUGUUUGUCGUAAAAGAAACUGAUGCAUUUUUUUUUUAAUGUAGAGGAGUAGGGGGGCCUACAAAACCUCUCAGCCCCAGGGCCUACCAUUAGGUUAAGGCGGCUCUGAAAAUAGAGCACCUAGUCAUGCAGACUCCUUUUACAAACAUUUGUGAAAGAAUGGGUCGCUCUCAGGAACUCAGUGAAUUCCAGCACGGAACUGUGAUUGGAUGCCACCUCUGCAACAAAUCGAGUGGUGACAUUUCCUCGCUCCUAAAUAUUCCACAGUCAACUGUCAGCUGUAUUAUAAGAGAGUGGAAGUGUGUGGAAAUGACAGCAACUUAGCCACAAAGUUGUAGGCCACGUAAACUGACGGAGCGGGCGCAUAGUGCAAAGGGGUCGCCAACUUUUUGCAGAAUCAAUCACUACAGACCUUCAAACUUCAUGUGGCCUUCAGAUUAGAUCAAGAACAGUGCCCAGAGAGCUUCAUGGAAUAGGUUUCCAUGGCCGAGCAGCUGCAUCCAAGCCAUACAUCACCAAGUGCAAUGCAAAGUGUCGGAUGCAGUGGUGUAAAGCACGCUGCCACUGGACUCUAGAGCAGUGGAGACACGUUCUCUGGAGUGACCAAUCGUGCUUCUCCAUCCGGCAAUCUGAUGGACGAGUCUGGGUUUGGCGGUUGCCAGGAGAACCAUACUUGUCGAACUGCAUGGUGCCAAGUGUGAAGUUUGGUAGAGGGGGGGAUAUGGUGUGGGGUUGUUUUUCAGGAGCUGGGCUGGGCCCCUUAGUUCCAGUGAAAGGAACUCUGAAUGCUUCAGCAUACCAAGACAUUUUGGACAAUUCCAUGCUCCCAAUUUUGUGGGAACAGUUUGGAGCAGGCCCCUUCCUCUUCCAACAUGACUGUGCACCAGUGCACAAAGUCCAUAAAAACAUGGAUGACAGAUUCUGGUGUGGAUGAACUUGACUGGCCUUGCACACAUUCCUGACCUCAACCCCAUAGAACACCUUUGGGAUGAAUUAGAGCGGAGACUGAGAGCCAGGCCUUCUCGUCUAACAUCAGUGUGUGAACUCACAAAUGCACUUCUGGAAGAAUGGUCAAAAAUUCCCAUAAACACGCUCCUAAACCUUGUGUACAGCCUUCCCAGAAGAGUUGAAGCUGUUAUAGCUGCAAAGGGUGGACCAAAAUCAUAUUGAACCCUAUGGAUAAGGAAUGGGAUGUCACUUAUGCUCAUAUGAGAGUCAAGGCUGGUGAGCAAAUACUUUUGGCAAUAUAGUGUACAUGAGCACAGCUGGAAAUACUAUGAACUAACCUUUGUCAAGUAAGAUGCAGAUGUUGAGGUCUCAGAGAGCACUCAGGCCCACUUAAAGCCUUAAGGUAACAAAGGUUUUGAAGCAGACAAAUAAAGAUCUAAAGAAGAAACAUUAUAAGUUAACCACAUGAUUAUGCUUGCUGAAAUACAUAUAUAUAUUUAGAAUGUUGAUUUGAUUGAAGUGAUGAUUCAGAUGAUUUAGUAUGUUUAGACUAAGAAGGAUGAUUUAAAAGAGUGAUUCUGUGUAAAGUCAUCUCUGUUUAAGCUCUGUGUGUGUGCAGGCCUUAAGAAAGCAGAAGGGCAGAAAGCAGCAGUCACCAUGACACAGCAGUCACUGUGACACAGCAACCUCCUCAGAAAAAGGGAAGUUUGGGAAAACCCAGGAGGGCCUGCUGAAAUGUGUGUGUGUUAACAACAGAAUGUGGACACUGUGUAUUUGCUGUAAAACCAUGACUUCUGUAUUACUGAUGUAUGUGAUAACAAGUUGAUUGCAUGAGUUAGAUGGUGUCAGGGGCGUACCUAGCCAGAGAUGUGUGUAGGAGAGAGUAUAAAAACGGGAGCGCAGAGACAUUGAAUGGGAGACGUUCGCCGGAGCUGCCAGAAGAGCUGCAAAGGGGAGCUUGGCCGGAGUUCUGAAGAUUCUUCACCGCAUCUAUUGCCCUAGAGACAGGAAGACAACGCAGUACUUCGGCUCCAGAGAUUGCUGAGAACAUCGUUGGAAGCAAAGUCUUUCUCUGACUUUGUUCAACAAGUGAGGACCACACUCUGCCAAACGGAGAGUCCUAAGAGGUUCUGCAGUUAUCCAGAAGAGACCAACAGAGGGAAGAACAGGCAACAUCCAGAGAGGCAAAGGAGGCAACAGCACGGGGCUGUUCCCCUCCCCGGGGCUGGGAGACCCAGUGACCCACUACAGCCUGAACAGACGAGGGUUCUCCAUCACCACCAUCCAACAGAGAAGACAGCUGGGGCGUAAGCACUAACGUUCCAGCCGAUUCCAGAGAUAACUGUCAGACCACGAUUGGCUUACGGGACUCCUCCGCUCCCUCUGCUGAGGGAAGAAAUCCUUUUGUCCGCCAAGAAGACAUCGUACUGAGUCCUCUGGACAACUGAGGACUCCUCCCAGACGCAAGUCAAGAUUGGGUGAUACAGUAGUGGCCACGCUGUCCGCUCUCUCUCCUAAAUUUACUAAUUAGAGAAGAUUGACAGGUACGCUCAAUUUAGUUACUUUAGUAUAAUUUUUAAUCAGGAAUAAUUAAUUGUUUAAUCAUGAAUUGAAGCUGUGCCCCUGCUAAUUUUGCUUAAUAAAAUGCUAUAUUGCAUUUAAAGAGAAGCCUAAUGAAAUUUUUAUAAACCACUGAUUCUGCAUAGUGGUAAAAAGUUAAGUUGAUUGUGUGCAUUCAAUCUAAUGGUUCUUAAAGGUUACUUAGUCCAGUUUGAGAGUGUUUAAACAUUACCCCUGAGGUUAGUUUUUUCCAAACCUCUAAAACGAACCUAGGAAUAGCACCAAGUGCAUGCAGUCCUUAGAGUGGAGCUGCCAUUAACAAACGUGAUUGAUAAAUCAAUACUACUACUUAUAAGGACUGCUUAGUGGGGUAGUAUUUAUCAGAUAAGAGGAGUGAGACGUUUGGAUGAAAGGCAGUUAGAACCGAGGCAAGUAUCCCUCGACUCCAGCUUAAUUAUUCUGCUGAAUCCUGUUAGGUGGAAUACUAAUAGGCAGAUAGAAUCUAACCCUUUAAAUGGCGAGCUGGACCAGAUUUAACCUGAGGCAAGGGUUAAAGAAGGCUCGACUGGCGGACACCUUGUAUAUGUAUGAAUCUUUUGAGUGUCACCAUUCGCUAGCUUCCAAUACUAUAAUCUGUCAGAAGGUGCUGGUCCCAAACGCACCAAGUUGAAUGAGGGAGAUUUUUGAGAGUGGACAUACCUCAAAUGCCCUGAAAUGCUCCCUUAUACAAACCACCAAACUCUUUGACAUUGAAGCUACAGCUCCCCUCCUCAACAACCAUUUGAACAACUUCUGCAAAUUCUGGCAAGCCACCAGUACAUUCAUGAAAAACAAUCAUUCCACUUCUGUAAGUCUCUCCAUUACCAUAUGCACUCCUUGUGAGCUAUAUGUCAGCCCUCUGUCCAUCCUGAUGCAAAAUGUCAACAGUGAGACCACUGAGACAGUCAAAUCAGACUUUUGACCAGGGGUGUAGUCUGCGUGAUACGCAGGUAUACGCCGUAUACACACUAGAAAAGGUCCCAAAUUUCCAUAUAACCACUUAAAAAUGCGCAUAGAUACGAAUCAGUAUGUUUUUUUGAUAUAACCUUCAUUUUCCCGUUCAUAUACUCACCUUUUCUGUGUUAGACAGCGGUGAAGUUGUAUGGGGCGGGGAAAAGGUGUAUGGCUUAGAACAGGGGUCACUAAAGGGCAGAGCGGACCCAUACGCCGUUUAUACGAAUGUAAAUUUGACAGGUUGCUUAUAUUUUAUCAGCGCAGUUUUCCAGUGUUUAUCAUUGGUCUAUCAGCUCAGGAAACACACAGACCAAUUAUGGACGAGUUCAGCCAUCCCAUGUGAUGCUACUCAGCCAACAAAGUCUUUGCAUUGCAUCACCGCUUUGCCUUCAAAAAACAGUUGAGAGGUCAGAGGCAGAGACAAAGGACAGUCGUGACACGAAGUUUGGUUCUUUUCAGAGAGCUUUUGGUACAGAUUCCAAAGAACAGCCAGCUCUUUCGGCUCCCAAAUGGCUCCUAAUUUAGUAUUAUUUGUUGCCUCAUAUUUUAGCCUAACCAGGCAAGUAUGAAUUAUUUGUCCAUCCAUUCUCUAUAUAUCGCUUUAUCCUCACUAGGGUCGCGGGGGGUGCUGGAGCCUAUCCCAGCUGACUCGGGCAAAGGCAGGGGACACCCUGGAUAGGUCGCCAGUCUGUCGCAGGGCUUAAAUCAUUUGUGUAUUGACAAACUCUUUUGCAUUCAGUGUUUUUAUGAGAAGCCUUUGCCUCAUUUUGUGCAUUUGUUUUGUUACAAAAACAGGCAUUUUUACUUUUGUUUCAUAUUUCAAUCAAAUGUUUUUGCACAAAAACCAAAUGAACAACACUCUGCACAUAAACCCACAGAACCACAACAGAAACAGAGCCAGAUUCAAUAUUCAAACAGUAUAAAUGUCUUUAGUGUAGGUUGGCAUUCAGAAAAAUCAGAUGACUGAGCUUGGAUGGGCUGAUACCAUUUCUUCUUUCAGUGAAUAUCUGCCGCGUUUUUGAGGAGAUUCUCUCAGAUAGAACAAGUUGUCUCUUCUCCAUCACCUUCACCAGGUAGGGAAGACUCCAGCUUUGGCCUGCCACAGCUCAGUGGGUCGUCUGCUGGUUGGAUGAGGGGCUCCUCAACAUAUGAUCCUACAUUAUAGCGUGAGCUGAAGGAUUUCUCCCGAAUCAUCUCCUGUAGCUCUUCAAUCAAAGAGCCUCCACACAGCAGAAGUUUGAGGUUCCUCCUCCACUUGGUCCUCUAAUGGUGGAGGUGUGAGGCUGCUGGGGGACAUUUUGCUGCUGCUGCUCUUAUUCUCUGAAGUGUCUCAUCAACAACUCUGUCAUCACUGAAGGCAAGCUUCUUUAAUCGAGGAUCCAGUAACGUGGUUUCUGCGAGGACAGUGUUAAACACCAUACUCUACUAAAUGUUUUCUCAACUAUGAACAUAAUCAAAACUAAAUAUCGUUCCAGACUCACCAAUGAGCUCCUCUAAAUGUGUUUGAGAACGACCCUGACACCAUUCAAUUGUUUACAUUAAUGAGAUUUAAGUAUUGUUAAAGAUGUACAUAAGUUGGUUCGGGUUGUUCAGUCAUGUUUUUUUUUUCCAAGUUCUACACUUUAUUUUAAGAUGUACAGUUAUAUAAAAAGUUAUUUAUUAAAAUGCUGGUCGUAGUUUUUAGAGACUCGUGACAGUUCUGGUGUGAGUGUGAGGGAGAUAUUUGUGAUUUUUCCAUUAUUUAUAUGAAAAGAGGACUUUCUGUCACAGUUUGACAAUAGGAAACUAAGCACAGCUCACUCUUUGCUGUGUUGUUACCUUAUGAAUUUUUUUUGUUUUGUUUUGUUUUUUUCAGUAUGGUCACAUAUGAUGUCCCUGCAGUUCCUUACACAUCCAGAAAAGCUUAAACAUCAUUUGCCUUCAUAUUUAUCACAUUUCAAGUCAUUCUGACGAAGAAAUUUGUGUCAACAUGAAUUUCACCUAAAUGCAGCUUUCAUCAUUUUUCUGUGCUUAAAAUGCUGGUCCUGAGCUUAAAUACGCAGUUUGAACAAAUAUGUUGUCCCUGCAAUUCCUUACAUCAAAAGCACCUUAAACAUCAUUUGCCUUCAUAUUUAUCACAUCUCAAGUCAUUCUGAAGGAGAAAUGUGUGUGUCAACAUGAAUUUCACGUUAAUGCAGCCUUUAUGAUAUUUCUGUGCUACAAAUGCUGUUCCUGAGCUGAAAUUCACACUUUGCUCAAGUAUGCUGUCCAUGCAAUUCCUUCAAGCAAAGUCAACUCAAACAUCAUUUGCCUUCAUAUUUAUAACAUUUCAAGUCAUUCUGAAUAAGAAAUUUGAAUGUCAAAAUGAACUUCACGUUAAUGUCGCCUUCAUGAUUUCUCCGAGCUUAAAAUGCUGUUCCUGAUCUUAAAUUCACAUAUUGCUCAAAUAUGCUGUCCAUCCAAUUCCUUCAAAUAAAGACAACUCAAAACUAA